GACAGCUCACCUGCAGGUGAACCUGUUUGUCACCUGUGAGGUUAAAGCAUAACCAGGAACUUUUCUAUGGGAUGAGGCGCGUGACGCUGACGUCAGACAGAAUGCUGGUGGCGAACGACGCAUUGUUUGGAAUAAGUGACCCGAAAUUGAGCUACAAAAGCUGCAGGAAAUGUCCUCUUUCCUCUGCUGCUGCUGCCUGAACGACAACUCCAGCAGUGAGAGGCAACCUCUGCUGAACUCCAAAGAAGGCGAUGGAGCUGGAACAGCCAGACCCCCCCGUCCAGGACAGGAUGUUGCUUAUUUGAAGCAAAGUGGAAGUCUCCAGAUGAGGCGAGUGAACGUCCCAGAGCUGGAUCAGAGGUUUGCUGACCUGGCACAGACCUUCAACCAACAUCAAGAGUGCUUUGAGAGGAUGGUCAAGGGAAUCAGAAACCUGCAAAAAGAAUACGACUGCACACGCUGUGACCACAUGAGCCUCUCUGAAUGUGUGGGAAAGAUCAUGAAGGAGUGGGAGACAAAAUACAAGGUCACCCUGAAGAUGAAGGGGUACGACUUCACUCUGAAUGUGGUUCCUGUCAGUUUGGAGGGUGAAACCGAGGAAGAAGCAUUGCCUCCAGCUCUGCAGCAUGCUCAGAAUGAAGUCAGAUAUAUUUCUGAUCGGGCCAAGGUCACCAUCUCAAAAAGCACCACACUUCAAGAGCUGACGGGCUGGCUGCUGCGAAGCCAGAGUAAAAUGAUUGAGCAAGUGCAUGGAGCAGCCGAAAAUUACCAAGAGCAAGGAAGACUGAAGGAGAACCUGGAGGAAAAUAUGAGAGAAGUGAGGAGGGCUCAGGAGUUAAUACAAGAAUAUAAGCAGCAGGCUGGGGAGGUCCUUAAAGAAGCUGCACAGAUCGCUGAGGCUCAGUUGUAGGUCGUCUUCCUUUGAAAUGCUGAGAUGAUUCAUGUGUGUGCUCCACCCUACCACAAUAAAUGUCUCUGUUUUUAGUCUUUUAGGCAUUAACUUGACCAAAAUAGAUAAACCUGUAAAAUACAAUUGUGUAUCUGUGCAGAGAAUCUGCAUUGUUGUUUUCAUAAUCGUCUCAAUAAAGUUUUAAAAUAA